UUGAGUUUUUUUUUCACUACAUAUGAAAGCAAUCUUACAUCGUUUGGGAAGGCAAUUCUCAUAAAGCUUUCUCUUUUCAACUUCCACACCACUCUAAAUACAUGACUUACAAAAAGCGUUGUCACUUAAAAUACAUGUCGACAACAUUUUUAUUCUUUCAGAUUUCUCCCCAUAUAAAUAAACUAUAUCACGAAAAACAGAUCAUAUAGAAAACAAAUCGAAACAUAAUUGUUAGAAAUCAAUAAGUGGAAAAAAUGAGGAACAUUACUACUACAACCCGAACAGUGUUACUGCUUGUCAUUACAAUUUUAAUGAUGAUUGCGUAUCAUGGAGACGCCAUAGCAUGCCCGCAGGUAAACAUGUACUUAGCACAAUGUUUGCCUUAUCUAAAAGCUGGAGGAACUCCUUCCGCAAUGUGCUGCAACGGGCUUAAUAGUCUAAAAGCCGCUGCUCCUGCGAAACCCGAUAGACAAGUAGCAUGCAAUUGCUUGAAGAGUGUGGCUAAUACAAUCCCCGGAAUUAAUGAUGAUUAUGCCAAACAACUCCCUUCUAAAUGUGGUGUUAAUUUGGGAGUCCCUUUCUCUAAGACCGUGGACUGUAACAGGUAGGCAUAUUGCAGUAUCUAUGUAUUUAUUGCGAAGACAUGUGUAUUUCUCAGAGCUUCUAACUAAACUAAUUGACCUCUCUUUUAUUUCUUCUGUGAACAGCAUUAACUGACUAGUGACUACCAACGGCCAUGCAGCUACAAUAAAGUGGUUAUACUAAAAGAGCAAACGCAUCAUGACCAAACUAAAUGCAUACUUAGUAUAUAUAUCUUCUGAACUUAUAAUCUAUAGAUGUAAAUCAUAUAUAUAGUUCUUGGCAAAUAAAAUGUGAUAUUCCCACAUUUACAUAUUCCUCUUUCGCACUCACAGCCUUUUAAAAUGCAGCUCCCA